GAGAUUUAAUUGGAAUUAGGUGUUAGGAUUUGAUUGGUAAUUAGAGAUAAUCUGGAUUAACAUUGUGAUUAACUUGAUAAGGUUAGUUGAAUUAAAAUUCUGAUGCAAUUGGAUCAAACAAAAAACUGGAUAUAGAAUGCAUAAGGCCUACACCGAAUUGCUGCUAGUACACCACCCCUGGGCCCAUCGCACCACUCCCUUUUUUGGUGCUGAACAAAAACUGCUUGGGCCUCUACCUGUUUGGGCCACGCGCCCUUAUCAUUACCACACCUUGAUUUCACACUUAAACCCCUUUGUGUGUAUAAAAUUCAUUUUAGAUUUAGUUUUGUUUCAACUAGUUUGUUGUCUUUUUUUUUUAGUAUAGAAAAUGUAAGAAAAAUAUUAUGUUUGGUUAGAUUUUUGCUUGAAAAAAAAAGAAUAAUAAAAAACAUGUAACAUGUUCUCUUGUUAGAAUUUAAAUGUUUUGUUAUAUUGUUUAGUUUUAAUUCUUUGAUAAAAUGCUAUAAAAAAAAUGAUGUUUGAUUAGCUUUCUCGCAUUGAUAAAAAUAACCAAAAACAUGUAAUAUUUUGCUUGUUAGACUUUAAUUGUUUUGUACAUAGUUUUGUUCUUUUACUUUGAGAUAAAAAUGUCAUGAAAAUAAUUUGCUCUUGUUAGAUUUUGUUUUAGAAUUUAAUUACUAGUAUUUUCUAUGGCGGGUGUGUGCCUUCUUGUUAUUACUGAUUUGGUUGUUGAGAUGUACGAGGUACUUCGAGAGAGCCUUUGAUUGCGAUUCGACUUGCUUUCGUGUUCCACUUUAUUUGUGGGACACGAAUUCGCUUUCGGUGCGACUUGAUUUGCGUCGUGUUCCAUUUUAUUUGUGGGGCACGAACUUAUUUCUGAUCGAUUCAUCCGAUCUCUCAUUCAUUGAGAUGUAUAUUCCUGUAUUGUCUGGUCUGUGCUCUUUUGCAGGUUGCCCGUGUGAUCAUGCUCGACGCGUACCACACGUCGCUCGUGAUUUAUUUUCACGACAAUGCUUUCAGACUUUGCUUGAUGCUGGCUUACGCGAAGUAUUAUGGACUUCUUUGCUUUUGCUUGCUAGCUCAUUGCGGAUUUGCUAUCCGCUCGCAACGCUCUCUGCUCUCUCCGACGCACUCUGCUCUUUCAAUGUACAACAACAUCAGCGACUUCUAGCGGCCGUGGAGGAUUUUCAGAAGCUCAUAUCAACAAGGUGAAACCGAAAGGAAACUUUAAUCUCCCAACAACAUAAAACUUGAUUUCGCUGAUGCUCACACGGAAGAGGACGUGAAUUCCAGACGACGCACGAGAACAAUAUAUUUGCAGUCAACAAAUAAAAGUAAUAUCGAGAGAAAGUGAGAAGUUGAUUUACCUGCGGCAAUAAGGUCUUUGCCGGAUUACUAUUGAAGCUAUGCACAAUAAUAACAUAUUUGCAGCAAUGAUUUAAACAAUAAUAUUUGAGCAUGAGGAUGAAUACAACUUACCUACGACGAGGAGGUGUUCGCCGGUUUAGUGUUGAGGAUCCUUUGAUGAAGAUGAUACCACCUCUCUUUGGAUUGUGGGAGACUUGAAGAUGAACUUCAAGUGGUUGGAAGCUUGAAGAUAAAGAUCUUCAAGUGAGCAACGCUCUCUGCUCUCUCCGACGUGUCAUACCCUAAUUUUUGACCCCCCUGAGAUGACAUAUCUUCAGAAUUUUCAUCAGGUCAAAGCAAGUACCCAGAGCAGUCACUUCUUCAUCUGGCAUUUGAUCAAGGAUGUUCAAAGACAAGAAAACUCAGGCAAAGGAUCAAUCAAUAGAAGGAUUGGUCUCUAACACAAUCAUAGGACUCAAAAGCUUCACUUUUAUAUUCACCUAUGAUUGAUUAGACACCCAGUCAUCUGAGUACAGGUUUACUCAUGUCACCAGACUAGGGUUUUUUUGAGCCUAUCAAGGACUGAAAUCAGGGAUCACCUUUGGGAAACCCUAAAAAGCUCCAAGACAUCUAUUAAAGACUUCAAUCAUCUUCAAGUGAUCCAUACAAUAAGAUCCACUGGACAUCACACCUCAAUUCAAGAUCCACAGUCACCAAUUUCAUCUGGUCGACAAUUAGGGUUUUUAACCUAAUUCACCUGGAUAGUUGACUUUUAAUCAAGGCAUGGAUCCAAAACUCAAGACAUGAUUCAAGAACCUCUACUACCUCAAUAUAACCCAUUUACAUCACUCAUUUGAGUAGAAGAUCUUAAUUCCACACAAAAGUCCAAAAUCUCACUUUAUCUGGAAAAAGUCAAUUGUAUGGGAUCACCUUUGACUUUUAAGAUUUUUGGUCAAACCAUGAAUUUCAAAGAUCAAUAUCAUCAAUAUAUGGAUAUUAAAGUCAUUUGACCAAAGAAAUUCAAGAAGAAUCAUCAAGGAGCAAAAAGUCGGGAAUUAGGGUUUUUGAGGGCAUUGUGGGAACUCAAAAUUUCACCUACACAACUCAAAAAACUUCCAACAUGAAAGUUGUAGAUCUUGCAAAAUAAAACAACAUCUUACAUAGGAACUUUUUUCAAAAGAUCAACCAUUUAAGAGAUUUGGAAUUUUGAAGCUUUAGGUUAUAAAAACUUAGAAAUUUUUCUAAGUGUUUUAACCUAGUUUUCAUCCAACUUUGGGCUCAUUUUUCACAAUUUUCCCAAAUGAUUCUGAAGAAACCAUAAACUAAUGAUUUGAAGUAGAUGUUUAGGGCUUUCCAAAUUGUGCUCAACCUUCUCCAAAUUCAUUUUGAGCUAGGAGUUAUGCUUGUUCAAAGUUGGCCUCAUGAAGUGAAAUUAUAGGUCAUGCCUCAUUUUUGAACUUUGAAAUUUUGUGCACAUGACCUCACUUAUGGAUGCUACACGACCCAUAACACAUCUGAAAACAUGCCAUGCAUUCAUUUUCACCAUAGCAUAAGAAUUGAGGUAGAUUCCCAAAACAAGAACAUGUGAUUAUGUAAUGAUUACAUUUGGGAAUUUAUGGCAAAUUGAUGAAUCACCCAAGGAAUCUUCUCACCAACCAAUUAGAGCUCAUUUCUGUCUCAGAAUUGUCCCCUAAGAUCAAGUAAAAUCGAGGGCUAGGGGAUUGAUCAAAUGGAAUCAAAAUUCCCAUCAUUGCAUUUUGGAUAUUUUUGAAUUCCUUCAUAGCCAAGAAACCAAAUCAACCUCACUAAGCAAGCUCUCUCCUCUGCAACUAUACUGAACCAUUUGCCUAUAAAUACAAGUGCUAUCCUUCAUACAAUUCACACCAAAGCAACCAUAUUCCUUGCUUUCUCUUUCUCUCCUCUUGCUUAUUGGUUUUUCAAAGUUCUUUGGCAAGAAGAAUCGUUUUCUUCAAACCAGAGCUUAUCUUUGGAAAGUAAGCAUUCUAACAUCUCAAAGGGGUUCAUUUGAGGUGAUCCAAGCACCUGGAUCACUUCUGUAAGUGGAGGAACACCAUUGUUGCUUUCACUUUGGAGCACUUGCAGUUGGAGGACCACAGAGCAAUUCAGGAGGUUCCAAACAAGGUCAAGCAUCCAGGCACAUUCCUUAGGGUAUAGUGAAGCUAUUCAGAUGGUCACAGCUCAUCUGUAACUGCAGAUUCAUCAUCCUCCAUGUUCACUUGAAGCUCAAAUCGAGGGAGUCGAGUAGAGCAAUUCAGAAGGUUUGAGGCCACAACAAGCAUCCAGUUAGCAUCACUGAGUCCCAAGGAAGCUUUUAGGAUCAUUCAUACAAACCCAGGUGCUCUCUAACAUCCUCACGAUCUUCAUUUUCAGAGGUAAGUUUCUCAACUCCACCUCUUUAAUUCGUGUACCUUUUUGGUUAAAACUCAAUACCAUUUCAUUCAGCAUCAUCAGAGGAUUAAAAACCCUUUAUCAUCAGUCAUUUUAACUUCAGUAUAGCCAUUUAAUUUGAAUUUCAAAUUUUAGGGUUCUUCACGUAUUUUAGAUAAUUCAGUAGAUAUAGUUAAUAUAAAUUCAUAUUAGUUACAUAUCUGGAAUCGUGAGUGAAUUUAGAGCAAGUUUGGUCUUUACAUCUUUGCAAAUGGUUGAGAGUUGAGAGAGUUCAGAAAUUUCAAAAAUCUGAAAGCUUGAGGUUGAAGAUGACAAUGGUGGUGGCGCGCAAAAUUCAAAUUCAAGGCUAAACUUUAUUUUAUAUUGAAUGGUAGUUGUUUCAUAAAUGACUAAAACGUGAUAGCCCAGUGGUAAAGAGUGUUUGUGUGUUGCGCGUGCCCAAGGUCUGGGGUUCGAAUCCCCCUCGCCCCAGACCUUUUGAUUUUAUUUUCUUUUUUUGCUUCUAUACACUUGAAUAACAUAUGUAUUGCAACGAAACCAUUACAUUGUCACCAAGCGCGCGUUGGCUCAGUGGUGUUGUUUUGGGACUGGUAACAUAAAGGGCGUGGGUUCAAACCAUGGUGAGACCAAAACAUUAUUUUUACCACUAAUUUCCUUCAUUUUUCUCACAACUUCACACAAUUAAUUCACCUAUCAAAUUAAAUCAUUUUCACUUCAUUUUUCACACACUUGUUAUUUAAUAUACCUAUUUCAUGAAUAAUCAAAAAAAUCAUAAAAAUAUUAUUUAUUUCAUAUAUUUUAAUUAGGUUUAAAAUAGUAUGUUUUAAGUGUUUUCUUAAAUACUUUAAAUAUAUAUUUUCAUUUUUUUAACCUAAUUAUAUUGUAAAUAAUUUUAUGAUUAAACCCUAAUCAUUUAGGUCUUAAUUAGGUAUAGAUUUUAUCUUUACCUUGAUUAAGUUGACUUUUGUCAAUUUUCAAAACUGUUUUCAAUCUCAGAUUAAACGAUAGAUUAAGGUUUUCAAACAACAAAACCUUAUAUCAUUUCAAUUAUUUUCCAACUGUUUUCAUAACAAUAAAUCAUUUUCAAAUGGGCCUCUAAUAGAGUGUAAGUCCCAACACCUUCUUCUCUUCUUAGCUUGUUUUCGAAACUAUAUUUUCAAAAUCUCCUUUCUGUUUUCAAAACAUUCUUCUGGUAUUUGAAGGGCAUUAUUCCCGGUGAAACUCUUCAGAUACCUAUGUGACCUAUGUCCAUCUUCACUUCUUCUGUUUUCAAAAACCAUUAACUGUUUAUCAUAUAUAUAUUCAACUGUUAUCCACCAAUUACUGUUGAGGCUCUAUACAUACUUCUUCAAUGGCCUCCACUCCAUCCAGGUUAGGCUUUACAAGCUUUCAAUUUACAGUCUUUAUUUAAAUUACUGUCAAAUAUAGAACUGUUCAUAUAUUUGUUUAGAACUACGUUUGAGUGUAAAACCUAUGACAGUUAAACUAUAUAUAUAUAUUAUAGGAAUAUGACCUAGGAUUGAGAAUGUCUUCCCGGUGAAGGCGCUUUCCUAAUUAGAGAUAUGUAGUUCAAACCCCCAAGAUGAAUUAUUCCCGGUGAAACAUCUUGGCAAAAACCUUAGAAUCCAAAAAAAUAGGACACAUCCACCCAAAGAGGAAUUAUUCCCGGUGAAACCUCUUACCCAUUUGCUUAGAGCCAAAAUAAGUUCAAACUACAUAGCUUUCUCUUGUGCUAUAACAAGGACCCUCGAUUAGCCUCCUCUUGGGCUUUGUACAAGGACCCACAGGCUUCUUAAAAGCAUUUCCAGCUUCCUCUUGAGCUUGUAUACAAGGACCCAUCAGGUUUCUUAUAAACAUAGGAACAGGUCUUUAGUCACCUUUUAACCUACCCUGGUGAGUUUCUUCCAAUUUAAACCAGACUUUAAACAAGCUAAGUUUGUCUCAAUUUUACAUUGAGUACACCUUCUGGAAUGAGAGACAUGGACAGUCUCUGUCACCCUUAUCUUCAUCAAUUUUCCUUAGCAGAGUCUAGGAUCCAUGUUUGCUUAUCCUCAGCAAGAGUCAGCCUUCAUCUUGGGCUUUAAACAAGAAGUCUCACUAGAUAAUCUUUCUGCCAAUCAUUUUAACAAAAACCCCUGGAAAGGGUUAGCCUCCAAAAUCACUUCUUUAAAAAACCAAAGAUUCAUUUCUCUUAGGAGAUAAUUUCCCCAAAAGAGUCAAAACCCCUGGAAAGGGCUAGCCUCCAAAGUCAAUUAAUAAAAACCUGUUUAAAAGAGUCAAAACCCCUGGAAAGGGUUAGCUUCCAAAAAAUCAUUCUUUUCAAAAGAUAAACUCACCAGCUGAGUCAUAACCCCUGGAAAGGGUUAGCUUCCAAAAAAACAGUCUUUUAAUAAAUAAAUCCUUCAGUAGAGUCAAAACCCAACAAAAAUAGUUAGCCUCAACCUUGGGCUUCAUACAAGGCACCAAAACAAUAAAACUCCCCUGUUAAUAAUCAGCCUCAACCUUGGGCAUUGUGCAAGGCAGAUAAUAGAGUCUCCCCUAGUGAGUCCUUCAUUGUUCAGUAGCCACAACCUUGGGCUUUGUACAAGGCAGAUAAACCAUAUGUCGUGUGUCAAAGAUUCCUAACAUCUAGGAUCUUUUCCCAUAGAGUCAUCCAUACUCAAUUUAUUUAAGAGUCUGCCACAACCUUGGGCUUCAUACAAGGCAGAAAAUAAUAUUUCCCCUAGUUAGAGUCAGCCUCCAUUCUGGGCUUUGUACAGAACACCAAAUAAAACCCAUCAAAAUAGAUUUUCCCUAAGUAGAGUCAGCCUCAAUUCUGGGCUUUGUACAGAACAUAAAAAUCCCUUGUAAAUUAAUCCUCAGUGGAGUUUUCUCGCAGAGUCAUAAUAAUAAUCAAUCAAUCAAAAAGCCUCAAGCUUGGGCCUCAUACAAGCCAGCUAAAAAUCAAAUCUUUUGUACAGUAGAUAGACAUGGCUUAUCUCUAUAGAGAGAUCUUUCCUCUAUCUCACCACAUUCAAACAAACUAACAUUACAUUUCAUUUUAAUCAAGUCUCCCAUUUAGGAUUUUGAAAGGCAUGAGCUGGCAGUAAAACCCAGACAUGUGGUAACUUUCCCUAAUUUGGAUGAGCAUUUUUCUUUCAUUUAAAGAGGCAUUUGACUGGUAUACUUGCACAUACACAAGUAAGGUCCCCCUCUUGAAUGAAAUGAAUUCAGUUAUUCUGUCACUCUUUUAAUGUUUGUGGUGGAAUAGUAGAAAUACCUCUCUAUAAAGAUGACUUCAUGUCUCUUUACUGUAAACAGAGAUUUAAUUCAAGCUUCAACCUUGAGCUUCAAGCAAGGCACCCAAAAAUAAUUAAUAAUUAAUUAGUUCCCCGAACUACAUUAAGCUCUGACUUCCACUAGGGAUAUGUAGGCAUGAGGUUCACAAGGAAUCUCAGCGAGCUAAUAAAAUACCAAAAAUAGUCAGUCAGUCUGUCUGUCUUUCUUUUAUUCAAUUCAAUUCCUUCUCCUAACACAAAGGAGAAACUUUCCCAAUAAUCAUUAGCAGCACAAACACAUUUAGACACAGAGAAGGUUCCUGUAGAGUACUACAGAUAUGUAGGGUGUUUAAACAGUUCCAUAUGUAUAACCGACCCCCCGGACUCCAGAAUUUCUAGUCUAGGUGAAAUCCCCACACUUAGCAAACUCUUAGGGUUUAGUUGAGAUCUUUUUUUCCCUUUCCUACUUGUAGGACAAUAAGAAAGUUCGUGUGAUAUCGUAGGAAGAACUGAAAUAAAAUUCCUCCCACCACGGGCGCAUUCUCCUUCCAAAUUUCGCGUGAAGGGUCUAGCGUGCCGUCCUCCCAAGUGAAACGGGGAGGUAAAAAAAACGACAACCACAGAAAAAUGGCGACUCUGCUAGGGAUAUAAGUGUUAAAAACCUUGGUUUUUCAUCCAAACCAAUGGUUGACCUGUUGCUGGUCCAGCCCCAAUGAGGAAUUAGGGAUGCCAAAUUCCCCCACAAACAAGAGAGGUCCUGCCUAACCUCUGUGUCAUAUCAUGUGUUUGCUGCAUUUAUAUUUGUUUAUUUUGUUUAUUCUGUAUCGGGAAAGGGCUUGAUUCCCCCUUGUGGUGAGAAAUCCUAUACCCGGAUUUGAGUGCAACAUAAGAUAGGAUGGAGGAUGUCUUCCCGGUGAAGACCCUCUAAUCUUGGUUCACAAUUCUACUCUUGGGAUUUGCCUGGCUGGUUGUGAUUAACUGCGCCACUGCAUUCCGAGACUGAUUUGUACCAGGAGGACCUAGAAACCCAUUAACCCCACUUAAAGCCUUUUGUUAGGACGUAGAGCGGUGAUUACGAAAGUAAUUGUCACGCAGAUACUACACUCAGAGAAAACUCUCUUAUAGAUACCAGUCAACGUAUCUUUAAGAUUGAGCAAAAGCUCUGAGAUCCCCUAGAACCCGUUCUACAGGUACAAAAAUCCUUAUCCUUAGUUUACCAUUGGGGCGAGGUUUGCGUUUUGACUUCAUGACCACUAUACCCUUCAACGCCAUGUUUGUUUAAAACUCUUGUGUGUGCAUUCAUGCAUUCAUGCAUCAUUCAUUAAUAACAACUAAAAACAAAAGAGUCUUUUUCGAGUCGUUUUUCAAGGAAACUAAAUAACGAACGUUUUGAACUUCAUAGAAAGAGAGAAACGGAGAAAGGGCUUAAGGAUCUAUACCAUGGAUUACGGAAGAAAGAGAGCUAGGAAAUACACCUUCAAGAUUCCCCAGGUCGAGGAACAGGGAAAGCUCGGAAAACUGGUGGUCAACCCCCAGGCUUUCAAGGAGAAGUAUGGAAAACUUCUGCCUUUGCUCAAUACCAACAUUGUGGAUGGGAUCCUUCCCACCUUGGUACAGUUUUACGAUCCAACGUAUCACUACUUCACCUUUCCAGAUUAUCAGCUCAUGCCUACGUUGGAGGAGUACUCUCGUCUGAUUGGAAUACCCGUGUACGUGCAAGAUCCGUACUCCGGUUUGGAAAAGAAUCCUGACGACAUUAUCAUUGCUGCAACUACUCCUUUGAACGUAGUCGACAUCAGAACUCAUAUGGUGAGUAGAGGAGGAAUUCAAGGAUUGCCUUCCAAAUUCCUGUUUGAUCAAGCUCGGUACUUCGUCAGCAUCCAAGAUAUGAGCGCUUUUGAGGAAAUCUUGGCUUUGCUUAUCUACGGAUUGUUUUUGUUCCCUAACAUUAACGAUUUCGUCAACAUCAACGCAAUUAAGAUCUUCUUAAUUGGAAAUCCAGUUCCAACCUUGCUUGCGGAUGCUUAUCACUCUGUGCAUUCAAGAAACCUGCAGCGAGGAGGAUUAAUCACAUGUUGCGUACCGUUGUUAUACGAAUGGUUCGUUUCGCACCUGCCAAAGUCUAGCACUUUCUGGAAUAUGAGGGAUGGCCUUUACUGGUCACAGAAAAUCAUGUCCCUCACUCAUACGGACAUUGAAUUGUGUAGUCCUAACAACGACGAAACCAAGAUCAUCUUCAGUUGCGGAAGUUUUCCCAACAUACCCCUUAUUGGAACUAAGGGAGGAAUCAGUUACAAUCCAGCUUUAGCCCGUCGUCAAUACGGCUAUCCCAUGAAAAAUAUACCAAGUAACAUCCAAUUGGAGGGUCUGUUCUUCAAGAACAUCGACGAUCAUGGCAACAUGCUGAAGAAGGAAAUUUUCCAAGCCUGGCGUCUUGUACACAGCAAAGGGAGAAGAUUGUUAGGAAAACAUCUUUGCAUCUCCCUGAAUCCUUACCUUCAAUGGGUACACGUCAGGGCAUUCAAGCUCAGGAUACCAUAUCAGCAUCAAGAACCCAUUCCCCUAAGGGAACCAAUAUACCUUUUCUCCACCGAUGUUGAAAAACUACAAGUGGCAUUAAACAAGGUAUGCCAAGAAAGGAAUGCUUGGAGGAACAAGUAUCGAAUCGUCAACACGGAAAACGUUGAGAUUCAAAACAUCCUAAGAAGGAAGGAUGUAUGCCAAGAAAGGAAUGCUUGGAGGAACAAGUAUCGAAUCGUCAACACGGAAAACGUUGAGAUUCAAAACAUCCUAAGAAGGAAGGAUGAGUUACUUGAAGUGCUCGAUUGACAAGUGUCACAAACGUCACUUUCUCAUCAUAUCCCUCCUGCUUCCUGGAUUAUUGAUCAGCUCACGUCAGAGAACGCUCAGCUCAAGAAACAGAAGAAGAUGUUAGAACGUGAAGUCGGCUCUUCGUCAAAAUUUUAGAGUCCUUUCUCUCAUUUUCUCUGUAUUUCUUUUUCAAAGUGUGUAAAAACGGCGUUUUCGCUUAAUUAAUAAAAGUUUGAUGUUUCAUAACGUAAUUAUGGUGUUUCCUUGAAAAAUAAUAACUUAAUUGCAUAUCAUGCAUCGCUUUAGUCGUACGCACUGACACGAGAAUUGUCGCGGAUCUAAUAGUCACUUUCCUUUCUCCAGAAAGAGAGGAGGAGAAGGAGGUGAACCAAGACUUUCAAGCUGUCUCAUCCAUACAACACUCGUUCAAGUCGCAAGAAAAGAAUGGAAGACUUUGAGCAAGAGAAUGGAGAACUCAGAGAAGAGAUUAAUACUCUCAAAGAUGCUAUUGAAAGGCUCAAUAGUAUGGUAGAAGCCCUGGUAGUUGCACAGAAUCGACCAACGCCAGAAGAACCACAAAGGACUGUGGUUUCCGAGAUUGUUUCUACUCCUAUUCCUCAGUAUACCAUGCCACCCAACCGACCUUGGGGCAUGCCGUAUAACUUUAUUCCAGAAGGGUACAUACCCCCAGUUUCUGAAGUUCCAAGAGCUACAAUGGAGAUGCAACUGCCGGAGGGUUACAAACCUCUGGAAAUUGAAGUUCCAAGAGCAACGGCAAUGGGUUUCGCACAACAGAAUGCUGAGAUUCCAAGAUCUGCUGUCAUGGCUUCUCCACGACCUAUUAUGCAUACUUUUCCUCCACCGGGCGGACAAGUAUAUCAUCACGCUCCCAGUGAGGAUGCUGGCGUGUAUGAAAGAUUGGACGAGUUCCAGGAACAGUUGCUGCAAAUGCAGAAGGAACUCAAGACUCUUCGAGGACAAGAUCUAUUUGGAAAGAAUGCUGCAGACCUCUGUCUGGUUCCAAAUGUUAAGAUUCCUCACAAAUUCAAAGUACCAGAUUUCGAGAAGUACAAAGGGAAUUCAUGCCCAUAAAGUCACCUCAUAAUGUACGCUCGAAGAAUGUCAACUCAGACUGAUAAUCAACAAUUACUCAUUCAUUAUUUUCAAGACAGCCUAACUGGUGCUGCACUCAAAUGGUACAUGAACUUGGACAGUUCAGAGAUUCGUACUUUUCGAGACCUCGGAGAGGCCUUCGUCAAACAGUAUAAGUACAAUAUGGAUAUGGCUCCCGACAGAGAUCAACUCCGGGCCAUGACUCAAAAGGAUAGAGAAAGCUUCAAGGAAUACGCUCAGAGAUGGCGUGAAGUUGCUGCACAAAUCUGUCCACCACUUGAAGAGAAAGAAAUGACAAAAAUCUAUCUCAAAACUUUGAGUCCAUUUUACUACAGACGAAUGGUUGCAAGUGCACCAAGUGACUUUACCGAGAUGGUAAACAUGGGUGUACGUUUAGAAGAAGCAGUUCGGGAAGGACGCUUGAACAAAGAACCAGAAUCUUCUAUUGGUCCAAAGAAGUAUGGAAGUUCUUUACAGAAGAAAAAGGAUCAAGAUGUCAGCAAUGUCUUGCACAAAAUCAAGAAGAAAUUUCAACCUCAAGUUGCAGCAAUAACUCCGGUUGUUAACUCAGCGCCAGCUUAUCAACCUCAGGUCUCGCAACAACAAACUCAACAAAGGUCGCAGCAACCUCAGCAGCAGGUUCGACCUCCAAAUUACAACAAUCGGGCUCCAAGGUAUCCUGCCUUUGACCCCGUACCAAUGCCGUAUGCAGAAUUGUUUCCAACAUUACUGGCAAAAGGACUCAUUCAGACGAGAAGUCCUCCAAAUCCUACAAACAGUUCCUCACCAUGGUAUAAGGCUGACCAAUCUUGUCCCUAUCAUCAGGGGGCACCAGGUCACAGUAUUGAGAACUGUUUCCCUUUCAAGAUUGACGUCCAACGAUUAGUGAAGAGCGGAAUGCUAACCUUCAAAGAUACUAGUCCAAACGUCCAAGCAAAUCCUUUGCCGCAGCAUAAAGAAGCUUCAGUGAAUCUGAUAGAUCAACACCCUAACGUCAUUCAAAUCUACGACAUUCGUCAGAUAGGGGAAAAUCUUGUCAAGAUGCACGCUAAACAAGCUGGGUACGACCAUGUACCACCUCACAACUACUUCACAUGCGAUAUUUGUCCAAAGAAUAAUCAAGGAUGUGCCGUAGUUCAAGUUGCAUUACAAGAACAAAUGGACUUAGGAUGGAUUCAACAUAUCCGAGUCAGAACUGAACAGGACAUCAACAUGGUUCAAGGAUGUCCAGGAGAAUACAAAAUCUACAAAGUUGAAGAUCUUGAAGGAUCGGUAGUCAGGUUCCAUAAAACUUUAAAUGGACUUACCUACUUUGGAACAGAUUUCCACGCUUACAGUAGAUGUAGAAUUUGUCGAAGAAAUUCACAAGGAUGUUUGCGUGUUCGCGACGACAUUCAAAAGCUGAUGGAUGACAAUACCAUUACUGUUCUUGCCAACAGAGAAGAUGAUGAAGUCUUUACCGUAUCUCCUCAAAUUAAUCAAGUUGAACCAAUGCAAGUCAAGUAUGACAGCAGGAAGACAACAAUUGUUCCAUUAGUCAUCUACUUACCAGGUCCUGUACCGUAUGAGUCCAGCAAGGCUAUACCAUACAAGUACAACGCUACAUUCAUUGAAAAUGGUAAGGAAAUACCAUUACCAUCUGUUGUCAACAUUGUUGAUGUUAGUCGAGUCACCAGAAGUGGACGAGUCUUCAACAGAACAACAGAAAAUGUGGAGAAACCUUCGGAGGAAGUACCACAUAGGCAAGACAAUCAUCCGACCAAUGCUGUUCAAGCGAAAGAAAAUGAUGAGAUCUUGAAGUUAAUCCAAAGGAGUGAAUACAACAUUGUAGAUCAAUUACUACAUACUCCGUCUAGGAUUUCUGUUCUUUCCCUGCUAUUGAGUUCCGAAGCUCAUAGGGAAGCUCUACAUAAAGUUUUGGAACAAGCUUUUGUAGAACCUAGCGUCACAAUAAGCCAAUUCAACAACAUCGUUGCCAACAUCUCCGCCGGAACUAACCUAAGUUUCUGUGACGAAGAUCUUCCUGAAGAAGGAGUAGACCAUAAUCUUCCACUUCACAUCUCAGUUGGCUGCAUGGGUGAUAUACUCACAGGAGUCCUAAUAGACAAUGGGUCCUCUCUUAACGUCAUGCCGAAAUCAACAUUGUCAAGAUUAUCUUUCGAAGAUUACCCUCUAAGAAAAAGUCAUGUCAUCGUCAAAGCAUUUGAUGGAUCAAGGAAGUCAGUUUUUGGAGAAGUAGAUCUUCCCAUAACUAUUGGACCUCAGACGUUUAAAAUCACUUUCCAAGUUAUGGACAUUCCAGCAUAAUACAGUUG